GCCCCCGCCAGGGCUGGCUCGCCGCCCUGCAGGACCGCGCCGUGCUGGCCGCCCUGGCCUGGGACCUGGGCCUUCUCCUGCUGUUCGUGGGGCAGCACAGCCUCAUGGCCACAGAAGCGGCGAAGGCGUGGACGUCGCGGCGCUUUGGGGUCCUCCAGAGGUCUGUGUAUGUGGCGUGCACUGCCCUGGCCCUGCAGCUGGUGAUGCGGAACUGGGACGCUGUGCCCAGAGGCCCGGUGCUGUGGGAGGCGCGGGCCGAGCCGUGGGCCACCUGGGUGCCCCUGCUCUGCUUCGUUCUGCACGUCAUCUCCUGGCUGCUCAUCUUCAGCAUCCUCCUGGUCUUCGACUAUGCCGAGCUCAUGGGCCUCAAGCAGGUGUACUACCACGUGCUGGGGCUGGGCGAGCCUCUAGCCCUGAAGUCUCCUCGCGCCCUGCGGCUUUUUUCCCACCUGCGCCACCCGGUGUGCGUGGAGCUGCUGACGGUGCUGUGGGUGGUGCCGACCCUGGGCACUGACCGCCUCCUCCUUGCCCUCCUCCUUACCCUUUACCUGGGCCUGGCUCACGGGCUGGACCAGCAAGACCUCCGCUACCUCCGGGCUCAGCUCCAAAGAAAACUCCAUCUGCUCUCCCGGCCGCAGGAUGGGGUGGCAGAGUGAGGAGCUAAGUCUGCUCCCAAGCCCUGUCCUUCCUCCCCUUCCUCGACCUCGACUUCCAAGCCCACCGCACACCUGUAACCCCAGCUCUCGGGAGGCUGAGCAAGGACUGCAGAGGGCUGGAGGCCAGCCUGGGCUGCAUAGCAAGACGCUGACUUAUAAAAAUUAAAAAAAAAAAAAAAAAUCCACUCCCUUUAAUAUCUAGGCACUGGCUGCCAGGCCAGAUUCCCAAAGCCAUGGGCCGGAGCGGCCGCUUGAGAUUCACUGCCAGACUCCAGCUCUGUGUCCGUUCUGCCUUCCGGGCCCUACACUCCGAACCUCCCUCCUCACCAGCAGGCCGGGGUACUGACAGCCCCCAGCACAGUGUAGGGCCGGACCCCUGGCCUCCUCUAGCCUCAGGGAUGCCCCGCCCGCGUGCCCAUCCUGCCCCCGCCAGGGCUCCCUCGCGACUUGACCGGGGACUCCCGGGGGACGCCCUCCGCGGGAAAUAAAGUGCAGCCUGGCUUU